UUGGGUUGGAAGCAGAUGUGGAUAUCCAGGUCUACCGCACGACACAAAAGUAGAACCAGAGAAGACUGUCUAUGAAGAUGGAGAAGAGGUUCGCUAUAGUUGUCCAUACGAUAAGAUAUAUGUGAAGACACAAACCAAACGGUGUGUCGCCGGUCAGUGGAUGGGCUCGCGAUCGACGUGUGGCUACUUUAUUAAGAAUCAGUUGAUGACAGCAAAAAUUGUUAAUUUGCAAACAAAUCAAACAGUGAUUGACAUGAAAACUGCAAACUAUAGCGGAGACGGCUUUCCCGCCUGUUAUUAUGAUGAAAGUGGUACUGCACUGGUAGUCAAUGAACCACAUCAGCCACACGAAUGGCAUUUUGAGUUCAAAGAUGGCAUAAUCUUUGACUUCUUUUUACUUAAUGUUAAGAUACCUGAGUUGGGCUUCCGGUCGCGACCUAUUAAUGAAAUUGAUGGCAUACGGGUUCGCAAUGUAACCAUUAUCAAUGAAGAGUACAGAAGCUGUACACUAGACUUUACCACUCGUGUCAAGUGGGCUAAGAUAUUCUGGUUUUGGUGUACACCCAGUCAUAAUAAUACAGUUAAUAGAGUAUUGUCCGUACGAUUUACUACAUAUGCUAACCAACCCAUCAAAGUCAUUGGUUUACAUCAGGUCUACAUAACUAAACUACAAUUCUGUGGACAUCCAGUCGUGCCAUUACUGACUAAAUAUUUGCCACAAAAUGAAGAAACCCAACAGAUUGAAUGCGAUCCCGAUGUGGCCAUUGAUGUCCGAUCAUUGGUCAACUCAUCAGAUUUUAUCAUCGAUGACCAAUCAAUGAUAAGGGAUUGUGUGGACAAUGAGUAUUGGGCCGGUAGUCCACAGUGUAUACCAAAUGUGUUUUGUAAGCUCAAUGUCUACAACGAAUCCGAAGAGAUUAGUUCAGUAAAAAAUGCCUAUAUUUUCAACAAAAAUAAAUGGUAUGCCAUUGAAGGCACAACCGUUCACUACAAGUGCCGAAAUAAUUACGUAUUUGCCGUCGACUCGAUUCGUACGUGUUUACCAAACGGCACUUGGGAUCAAUUGGGACCCGUUUGUCGAAUUGAUAAUCUUAGAGAAUUGAAACACAGUAUACUUCAAUCUAGUGGUACAUCGAUGCCAACAAUCAUAUUGAUAGUCAUAAUAGUUGUCUUAACCAUUGUUGCCGUUUUGGUUUUGGUUAUAAUCAGACGAAAACAAAGUGAACGCAAACUGAAAAAACAACAACAGAUGGAAAUGAUGAAUGAAAAAGAAAUGAAUAUUUACGAUGACAUACAUAACGAUAAUAAUAAUAUGUAUGAAGAUUAUGCUGAACCACAGUAUUAUGAAAAUCCAGAUGAAAAACGUUAUGAAACAGCAUUUCCCUCACAACCAGUGACUGUAGGAAUGGAUGCCAUACAUCCAGUUCCCUAUUAUCUGACAUUGAAUUCAAAAAAUUAUGACGAAGAAUAUGUUAAUAUGUCUGCAAAAAUGUAA